AUGGCAAAUUCUGAAAUGUAGGAUAUGUUAAUAUGCAAGCCAAGGUAAGAAUGAGAAUUAUUUAGGUUUUUAGAGAAAGGACCUGAUAUUCAGACUAAACUCUAGAUGAGUAUAAAUUAUGCAGAAUAAGAUGAAUAAUAAGAGAGACAAGGUCCAAGUGUUUAUGAAAAAUAUGCAGAAAUGCAAGAAUACUUUUGUCCAUUAGAUUAAUUAGAGGGUCUUUUAAAAACACAUUUUAGUAAUGGGCUUUAAAGUGAGGAAGCAUCUAAGAGAUAAUAAUCAAAAACAUUAGAUGUAAGUGAUUGGAAAAUGUUUAUAAAAGAAUUGAAUUUAUUUGCAUUUGAUUUAAUAAUAGCUAUGAUAAUUUCAAUAAGUUUAGCAAUAUAUGGAAGUGAAAAUAAUCUUGAAUUCAGUGGAGAAGAAAUUAUAACAUCAUGUUUAUUAUUAAUAGUUAUAACAAUAACUUUUGUAAUGGGAUAUUAAUAAAGGAAGAAAUCUUAAUAUGCAAUACAAAAAGAUAAUGAACAAACAAUCACAGUUUAUAGAGAUGGGAAAAUGUAGUAAAUUUAAGUAUAGAAUUUGGUUUCUGGAGAUAUUUGUGUAAUAGAAGAAGGAUUAUUAAUAUAUUGUGAUAUGAGAGUAUUGGAAUCUUCAGAUUUAUAGAUAUAAAUGAAUUAGGAUGUAACUUAGGCUGUAAAGGGGUCACAGAUAUUUUGUGGUUCAUUAAUAAGAAAUGGAUCAGGAAAAGCAGUUGUAAUAAAAACAGGAUCAAGUACUACAUUAGCUUAGAUUUAGAAAAGAUAAGGAAGUAAGGUAUUAUAGAAAUAAUUGAUAUUAUUCUAAUAAAUUAUGACAUUGAUAGCAUUGUUUGUGAUAAUAUUAGUCAUAAUAUGGAGUGGUGUUAUGUCUGAUAAAGAUAGUUCUGAAGUUUUUGCAUAUGGAUUUAGAGUUGUUGAAUAAGUUAUUAUUGCAAUUGUACCUGUUGGAUUAUUAGUUAUAGUAACUAUCUCAUUUUAAAUGGCAAUAAGGAGACUUGCUAAACUUAAAUUCUUAAUUAAAGAUGCAGAAAGUAUAGAAACAUUAAGUGAAAUUAAUUGUUUAUGUAUUGGAUUAAAUGAAGUUAUUACUACCAAGAAUUACACAUUUAAUUCAUUUCAUGAUUGUAAAUAGUUAUAGUAUGAAUGUGGAAAAAGGAAUUCCAUUCAUCUUUACUAUUGUGCAAUACUUACUUGUAAUCAUGAUAAUCUCGAUGGAACAGAAAAAAGUCUUAUUGACACCUUCAAAGAUGAUUCAACAGAAAACCUUAUAAAGAAUGCUAAGUAUUAUGUUAAUGGAAUUCAAUAUCAUUUGCCCUUCAAUAGUAGUAAAAAGUAUUCUUUAUCAAUUGUGGAAUAGGAUGGAAAAUACUAUGUUUAUAUCAAAGGAGCACCUGAAAUCAUUUGGAGUUAUUGUAAUUAGACUUUGUUUGGAAAAAUUGAUAUACAAUAGACAUAAUAAUUUAAUGAAUAAUUAAUCAAUUAAUGUUCCAAAGGUUUAAGAAGCAUAGGAUUUGCAUUUUUAGAAAUUUUAAAAGAGGAAGAUCUCAAAAUUAAUGAAAAUGACUAUGAUUUCAAUAAACAAAACUUUGUUUAUCUAGGUACACUAUAUUUGAAUAACAGUUUAAAUGAAUAAACUAUUUAAAUAUUUUAGAAAUUGCAACAUUAAAAUAUAAAGUUAGUUAUCAUUACUGGAGAGCAUGCAGAAACAGCAAGAGUGAUAUGUAAGAAGACUGGAUAUUAUUAAAAUCCAACAAUAGUUGAAGGACAUUAAUUAUAUCUACAUGUAGAUGAUUAAUAAGAAGUUACUAGAUUAAGUUCUGUAGAGAAUAAACUAGGAAAUUGGUGUUCUUAAUAAGAAAUAGUAUUUGCUCGUACAUCUCCUGAGUAAAAGUUAAGCAUAGUUAAAGCUCUUCAACAAUAAAACUAUAAAGUUGCUAUAACAGGAGAAGGUUUAACAGAUUUAGGAGCAUUUAGAUAGGCAGACAUAAGUAUAAGUAAAAAACAUGGGUCAUAACAGAUGAUUAUAAAUUCUAGUGAUUUAGUAUUAACUUCAAGCAAAUAGACUUUUCUUGAUAGUUAUUAUGCAAUUCUAGAAGCUAAAAGAGCUGUUAAUAAUGUUUCAAAAUCUAUUAUGCUCUGUCUUUCUUCAAACACAGCCAUGAUAUUAGCUUUAUUUGUAUAUUGUUUUUUAGGAACUCCAUUACCAUUUUCAUAAAAUCUUAUGUUAUUAACAAGUAUAUCUGUUGAUUUGAUUCUUGGAAUAAGUUUAGCAAGAGAAGAAUUAGAGUAUAGAAUUCCUAACAGAACAAAUCUUUUUUUAUUUGCUAUAUUGAUUAUUGGAUGUAUUGAAGCAGGAGGAGGAUUGAUGGCAAGUUUCAGUGCUUAUCGUUAUUUUGGAUUUAAUUUAUAAAAUUUAUAUUUCACUAGAUUUUAAAGUGUCUAUAAAGUUGGUCUAAAUGAUACUUAUUCUCCUGACAUUAAUAAUUUAGGCAAUACUUAUUUACCUGAUAAUUGCUAAUAUAAUGAUGAAAUGGUAAAUUAUUAAUGGAGUUCACCUAAUAAUACUAUCGAUACAAGAAUGAUAUUUGUUAAGUGUGGAGUAUGUACUGAAUUAUAAAUUCAAAAUGGUUAUUUAUAAGAUUGUUGGAAUACUAAAUAUGAAUAUCCAGAUUGUUUAAUAAAUAAUAAUUAUUGUUAUACAGCUAAAGCCAGUGAUUAUGCAUCAUCAUGCUUUUUUAUUGUGUUAGUUUUAUCAUAAUGGUAAUUUAUGUUAAAUUAAAUAGUAUCAACUACUUUGCAUUAAGAACAUUAAUUAAAUCUUAUAAUAACACUAAAAUUAAUAUUUUAGCAAUAUAUGGUUUAAUAAUAUCAUUACUUUUAUUACCAAUUAUAAUUUAUGUGCCAGGAAUUCAAUGGGUAUUUUAGACUGCCAGUAUGCCUUGGGAAUUAUUAGGAUCAGCAGGACUUCCAUUUUGUUUCCUUUUACUAGCUACAGCUGAAACUGUAAAAUGGUUAUUAAGAACAUAUGUUGGAUUUUAAAUAUUAUGA